AUGGACAUGCUUGCUGAUGUUGUUGAGCGCGAUACGACUGCGGUGAACAAUGGUGCUACGGACAAGAUCAAGAGCGCUGCCGGAGCGGCGCAAUCCGGGUUUCCAGAGUUGUACCAGCCAGAGAAGGUGUCAAAUUGGAGGGUUAGGUUGCAACAGAAGAAGAGAAACUCGCAGCAGAAGGGACCCAGUGCUCCACGGUCUACUAGGGAUACAGCGACGAAGGUAGUUGGGGAGAAGACUGAGAUUACUGAGGCUGAAAAAAUCCACAGGGAAAACGUGGAGCUUAUGUCUAAGAUGUCACCAGAGCAAAUCGAGGCAGAACGCGAAGAGCUGCUUGGAAUGCUUGGUCCCAAGGUUGUUGAGGCACUUAUUUCCAGGUCCUCGAAGCGUGCAUCUAAACUAUUUCCGGAGAUGGAAGGGGCUGCAGGUACUUGGGUGGGUGGCAGCAGGGAGCGCCCGGAUAUGCCUCUUCCGGACGACGAGUCAGUUGAUAAGGCUCUUGGAGUGACUGAAAGGGGGACUGAAAGGGCUACUGAAGAGGACGUUUACAAUUACCCAGAUACAAUGCAUGAAGAUGAAGAUGACAUCGCGCCCCAGGAGUACCAGUUUAUACAGAAAAUGGAUCACAUGACUAAUGAAGAGCUGUUGCAGGACGUCCACUUUGUCAGGAACGAUGCUCCAACAGCCGAGCUCGAUCUUAAGGACCCUGCAUUCAUGGAGAAGCUGCACGAGCGUUAUUUCCCUGACCUUGCAAUCGAGAAUAACAAGCUGGAAUGGAUGAAACCAUUGACAGAGACUAGUACUGGACAGCACGUAGAAAUCGACGACGUUUCGGAGUGCCGUUUUGACUUUAAAGGAGAUAUGGUUCCUCCUGAUCGUCAAAUUUCGAGCACUAGAACCGGUUUGCAUCAUCACUCUGAUAAUCCUCAGCUAGCAGGCUACACUCUUGUUGAGUUGGAACAUUUGUCCCGCUCUUCGUUUGCUCCUCAAAGAUGUAUCGCGAUACAGACACUUGGUCGUGUCCUCUAUAAGCUGGGAAAACAGUCGUAUUACCAGCUUGUUCCUAGCGUAGACAGCGAAACUUACGCAAAGGAAGGCGGGGUUACCGGAGUCAUGAACAAGAUCUACUCCAUGUUCUGGGAUCUAAUCAAAUCGCUAUCAAUCAUAGAAACAUUACAGGUGUGUGCCGAUGAGACCAAAACUAAAAAUAUAAACGUCAGGAACUACGCAAUAGAGGCACUCUGGCUUUGGAAGCAGGCCGGUGGGGAUCCAAGGACUAAGAAGUCCCCUAUACCAUAA